AUGGCUGGUCAAUCGAAGGAAGCAUUAAUCCCACCGUGGGGGUUGGCAGUUGCUGGAGCUACAGGAGCUGUCAUUGCAAACGCUUUGGUGUAUCCACUUGACAUAGUCAAGACACGGCUUCAAGUCCAAGUCAAGCGAAAAGCAACAGACGCGCCGGCUACUGGACCUGAAGAUAUCCAUUACACUUCGACCUGGCAUGCGAUUACAAAGAUAGUUGACGACGAUGGUAUCUUGGGACUCUACAAUGGCAUCAAUGGAGCGCUUCUUGGCGUUGCGUCCACCAAUUUCGCAUACUUUUACUGGUAUUCAGUAGUACGGACGUUGUAUCUUGCUAGGCAGACAGUGCCAACCCCACCAAGUACUGCUAUCGAGCUAUCCCUCGGGGCUGCUGCUGGUGCCGUCGCGCAAUUGUUCACAAUUCCAAUUGCUGUUGUCACAACCAGGCAGCAAACACAAAGUAAAAUAGAUAGGAAGGGAAUGUUAGAUACUGCUAGAGAAGUGAUCCAUAGUGAAGAUGGCUGGACAGGACUUUGGAGGGGGUUGAAAGCUAGCUUGGUACUUGUUGUCAAUCCUGCCAUUACAUAUGGCGCAUACCAGAGAUUACGGGAGGUGAUAUUCCCCGGAAAACUUAAUCUUCGGCCUGGAGAAGCUUUUUUGCUUGGGGCUCUCUCCAAAUCCCUCGCAACGAUCGCGACGCAACCUUUGAUUGUUGCUAAAGUUGGGCUCCAAUCGAAACCUCCACCAUCUCGAGCAGGAAAGCCAUUCAAAAGUUUCAUUGAGGUUAUGCGAUUCAUUAUCCAAAAUGAAGGCUUGCUUGGUCUGUUCAAGGGCAUUGGGCCUCAGAUCUCGAAGGGACUCAUCGUGCAAGGUCUUCUUAUGAUGACCAAGGAACGUAUGGAACUUAUGUUUGUUCUACUUUUCAGAUAUCUUCGAAAACUUCGAUCAGAACAGCUUCAGAAAGCUGCUGAUAUUGCUGCUUCCAAGGCAAAGCAAGCACUUCCGUUACUUGUGAAAACCUCGCGAACCUUGGAAUUAUCGAGACUUACAUCAAUUUCUCACAACCGGCACAAUGGCGAAAUCCAAGAACUCGUCCCAACACAACCAGUCGAAGAAGGCUCACCGAAACGGGUAAUUCUACCUCCUCGCGAACGAAUCUACAAACUCCGAGCAUCUAAUGCUUCGGAUCAUGACGACGCUUCAUAUUCUGUAGGCAACAAGCUGACAUGCCUCUCCUUCCAGUAUCAAGAAGCCAAAGACCUCAAGAUAUCCAUCUCUCAAAGGCACCGACCCAAAGUUCCGAAGAAAUCACAGACAUGCGCUACAUGGCACAAUGAAGGCAUUGAAGGAAUUGAAGGAGGGCAAGCGGGAGUCGGCGUAAAGAUCACGAUCAACUUUCUUUCCUCUGGGUCAUUGGACGCGGUUGCUGUAUUGGCAUGGUUUCGUUUCACGGGCGGUCGAUGGAUUGUCGAUAAUCGCAGGAAGGCGCUCAAGGAACAAUAG